UGAACCUUCGAACCUAGGUGAACCGGUCUCUCCACAUAUCGUUGCCAUAAAUGCUGAACCGUGUGAUUGGUAGUAUACUGGACACACUAAAUGCUGAGCGCUGAUUGGUAGUGCCCCGUACGCAAUGUCCCGCCAAUGAGGUUGAAUAUGAAAAUAAAACAUCUCCUUUGUUUUUGGUUGCUGUGAUCGCGGAAAAUUGGACCACACCGUGCAACAGUGGACAAAGUGCGCGCCAUUACCCUAUAUUUUACACAGCGCUCCUUUCCGAAUUUUCACAGAUGGCCGCUGAGUCCGACGUCGCUCUGAGCCUGAACCUGCUCAGUGUCCCGCACGUUCUGUGCGUGAUGUGGCGGGUGGUUUCCCUGCUGUACUGGUACGAGGCGACCCAGGGCGGCCUGUGGGGCGGGCGCGGCCGGGACCUGGGGCGGCUCCUGACCAUGCUGUGUCUGAGCGAGCUGGCCGAGGGCCCCAUAGCGUUCUUCCCGUUCAACCGCGCGGCUGUGCUCGUUAUCAAGGUGCUGAAUCAGGGCUUGCUGUUCUCGCUGCUGUUCCUGGUGCACGGCCUGCGGGAGAGCCAAGCGGUGCCGAUGUCCGGGCGCCACCGCCUGUGUUUCGCGCUGAUGGUCGAGAACUGCGCAGCCUACAGGUUGAGCUGGAACUACGUGCAGACGGCUGAGCUGGCCAUCGGGCUGUUCUCACAGGUCCUCGGGCUCGGUCCGGCCGUCCUGCCGCCGCUUCAGCUGGCUCUCCUCGCUGCCUGCGUGCUGGCCACCGCGUACACCGAGCUCGCCUUCCUGCAGAAGUUCCGCUGGACCUUCGCGGCGCACAUCCCGAUCCAACUGUGGGCGGCCUCUCUCUACCAACAGUCCGCUUUAAGCGGCAGAAUCGUGUGUGUUCUGGUAGUCUUAAACGCACUGCUGGUGGUCAAAAAGCUGACGGUGGCGUGCAAAGAAACUGCUCCAAAAAAGCAGCAAUGUCUUACAGAUGGAGAUGAACAACUUUUGGAGGUGUAGAUGAUACUAAUCUCCACGCAGAUCACACGGUGGCAAGACAGUAUCCAUUGGCCAGAGGAGCCACUGAAGAUCUGCCAGAAGUCGAAAAGUUCUAAGGCUACUUUAACACCUACUAAGUUCACUAGCUAAUGGACACUCCUCUGGCCAAAUGGAUACUGCCUUGCCACAGUAUGAUCAUUGAUCUGCUUGGAGAUUAGACGAUACAACAACGCAGAAUGCUUUAGAAAGAUCAUUCCGCGGAGAAAUUCCGAAGUCAUUGGAAAAAUAUCAUCUACAUGAUUGGCUAUGGAUAUGA